AGCAAACAAUUGGUCUUGUGGAGGAACGAAAUAAAGUGGAAGAGGGACGCGAUGACGCCGUCAGCGUGCGUGAGCUCCUCGUAGCUUUGUCAGUGAUGCUGAGCAAAUCCUUGUGAACGCCCGUGCCUCCUUGAAACUGCAUGGCGAUCCCCUUAAAGUAGCGGUCUAGUGCUAAAAUUCCUAGCCGUUUGCGUUGGUUUCCAGCGAUCCAGAUUGAACAGCGGAUAUCCAGGGAUCGCAGAAUGACAAUCACCUUCAAUCGAAGUGGCACCAAUGGUUUUGUCAGCUUUGACUCAUACUGCGGAGACAGCGAAGCUUUGCGCCCACGAAACUGCAAUGCGGUGUCUCUAGAAUGGAAGAACAUCAAAUAUGAAGUGCCAGUCGAGAAAGGCAAAAAAGUGCUCAUCAACCAAAUGUACGGACGGUGUGCUCCGGGUACGCUUACUGCGAUUAUGGGGCCCUCCGGUGCUGGGAAAACAACGCUUAUGAACAUCCUAUCUGGACAUUAUGACACAGGAUACGAGGGUGAAGUGCAAGUCAACGGCUGCGUGAGGGACACAAAACUCUUCAAUAUGCAAAGCUGCUACGUCAUGCAAGAUGAUUGCAUCCUGCCAGAACUAACCGUACGCGAAGCCCUGAGCAUGAGUGUCCAGCUACGGACGCCAUCGAUUAGAAGCUCGACAAGACGCGAAAUUGUGGAUGAUGCCAUCCAGCGGUGGGGCCUGACAGAGUGCCAGAAUACAAGGGCCGGCUAUCUCUCUGGAGGCCAAAGAAAAAGGCUUGCCAUAUCACAAGAGCUCAUUAGCAACCCUCCUGUCAUCUUCCUGGACGAGCCCACCAGCGGACUAGAUAGCAGCUCAGCACUAAGGUGCGUUCUGGUGCUGCGGUCAUUAGCCGCAUGCGGGCACACCGUGCUGUGUUCGAUUCACAACCCCAGCGCAACACUGUUCUCACAUUUUGACAAGCUGUACAUGAUCUCGGAGGGAAUGUGCAUUUACAAUGGUCCCGUCGACAAAUUGCUGCCCUUUCUGGCCGCUCAGAAUCUCCAGUGUCCGAUACAUCAUAAUCCAUCCGACUUCAUUACAGAGAUAGCGUCCGGAGAGCACGGGGAGCUUAGCAAGAAGCUAGCAAGGUCCUUUAAACCUGGCAUCCUUAUUGACAACGGCAAGAACAGCUUUGACCAUCCGCAACUUACGCAAUAUGGUGGAAGAGUGAUGACAGAUGCGGAAAAGCAACAAGAACGUGACUUGUACAAAAUAAAUGCAAGCGCUUUUCUGCAGUUCGGCGUACUCUUGAAACGGUGCUUCUUUUGCUUAUUCAGAAAUAAGGUUGCGUCGCAGCUUCGCAUCUUGGCAUACUUGUUCUUUUCUGCUCUGCUAACCAUGAUGUACUACGGGAUCGGGAACAGAGCCACCCGUGUAAUGAAUAAUGCCGCCAUGUUUGUCGUGGCCCUGGCAAUCAUCCUUUUCCAAUCCAUUAUGCCGACCGUAUUGAUAUUCCCGACAGAGCUCAGUGUCUUGCUGAGGGAACAUCGGAACUGUUGGUACAGCCCAAGCAUGUACUACGUCGCUAGAAUCAUCACUGAGAUGCCUUUUACGGUUGGCGGGCCUCUGAUCAUGAUGUGCAUCCUGCAUUGGUCCACCGCCCAGCCGCCCGAGUUCCAUCGCGUCGCCGCCGUCGUCCUGCUAGCCGUGCAGACGUGCGCUACGAGCCAGGCCAUCGCGCUUGUCGUCUCAGCCGCCAGCAGCAUGCAGACUGCCCUCUUCGUGGCCCUGCCAGCUGCGGCGCCAUCGUUUCUCUUCUGCGGCUACUUCGUCCAGGUGCGCCACCUGCACCCGGCCUUCGCAUGGAUCACGUACACGUCGCACGUUUACCACGCCCACCAAGGAAUACUGCAUGCCAUCUACGGGCACGGGCGCGAAGAACUUGACUGCGACGAGGACAGCUUCUGCUUUUUGAGCGACCCGCGUGAAAUCCUGGACAAAUUGGACGCGCAACACGCCUACCUCUCGGUCAAGUUCUCUAUACUGCUGGGCAUGGACCUCUUCCUUAAGGCCUUCGCUUUCUUCGUGCUCAAGUGGCGCCUGCGACGGAAGCGAUAAUGCCGCCACUUGUACUUACCGCUUGCUUUUUGCAAGAAAAGAGCAUCAGGGCAUAUCAGCGCAAACAUAAACGGUUCUCGGUUUAUACAAGGCUGUUAGGCUCACUGAACGAGGAAACCGCGGGCCGCACGACACCUCGUGAUAAGAGGGCAGCUUGUAAGUGGUGAUAGCAGUACAGAAAUAGCAUCUUUCAUUGAAAAGUAGAAAAUGACCGAGUAAACACUUAGCUGUAAGGUUCUCGAAACACCUUUUUGUCAUGGCUUGUUAUUCUACGUGUAAAUGAAAGAAGUUAGCUCAUUGUAAACAAAAAUUUGCUUACGUUGGAAUUUGGAACAUUACAUUUCUCGCCAAAUUAAGCGCGUUUUUUACGAAACCAUUACCUGCACUGCAGAUGAGACUACCAUUAAACUAGUUCGCAGAAGUUGUGUGAUGAGAAAAAUGAAAUAUAGACAAAAUGAACAUGCACACACUAAGUCUUCCAGUCAAACGCUACAACCUUUACAUACAAACUACUUUAUAUUUGAAAAAAACAGCGAUAGCCAACCACCUCAGGGUGCUUUCCAGAAAGCACUGAGCUUUACAGUGCUUUUUCACAACACUCACAGCACGGGAGCAAACUCUUGGGGCUAAGUAGUGCGCACAUAGGAGACAUAGUUGACGAGUAAUGCAUACGCUCCCAUAAUUGACGUGCCAGCAGUACCAGUAUGUUUUCUUUUUUUUUUGCAAUGUUUCCUUUCCUGUAUCUUUCUUUUUUUAUUUUACUGCGACAAGUGCUCACGAGCAAGGGCAAUCGUGCUAGUUUCGUGGCACGAAAAAAAAAAAGACAGGCCUGCGAAACAAAGGCACAAGAAGAACGAGAAGGACAACACAGAUGUGGGCUGUCCUUGUUAACCUGAUGUUCUCGUUUUUCACGCCUACAUUCCCAUGCCAUGAAUCCCCGCCAAAUUUUCCAGCUUUCUCUCGUAGACGGUUGUUCGUCGCGCUUUUGAGAAGCAUGGAAACGUAGCGAAAAGUAAAGGUAAGUUAGCCGAACAGGUGUGCCUGCGGCGCGUGAACCAACAAUCGUGCAGUGUCAUGCUGCAGGAUUAGAGCGACUGCGCGGCACCCUCUUUUCCCGGUCUAUUAACUUGUUAAGCACAGCACAGACACUUGAUAAGAUGUUCAUAGAACAUGGUCACGGUGUGGUACCCAUUUCGUGUACGUGAGCGGUUAAUAGUUACACUGGGUACUGCGGGACGCCUAUACGACUCUUCGUCUCGCCUACUUCAUGCUCCAAAACACAAAUAAAUAUUUUUCGCGCAGAGGACAAAUUGAGACGCUGUGCCUGCCACGUCGGUGCACCUGCACUACCGGCAAACAGCUCUUUCGGUCCGUGGAAUUUCCUACAAACAUUUGCAGAAAAAACUCUGACGCUAUCAUCUACGUGAGCUAAAAGUACGGUGGUUGAUCCAGCGUAGGCAUGAUUGGCAUUAAUUGCAUUUCGUCCUUUUGGCUUCUAUAAAGGCUUUGCGAGUUCACAAAUUCAACAUAUUGAACGGAAUUGAAAGGCAGGCGGUUACGUUGCGGUAAUUUUUGUAUGUGCACAGAAGCUUAUUGCCCUGCCGUGUUUAGAAAACUGUGAUUGCUUGGAAAUCUGGCAGGCAAAGCGCGGAAAGUAACACCAAAAGAACGUUUGAGGCCACAAGGACGAAGAAUAAACAAAUACUGGUACAAAUAUUCCCUGGUAGCACAACAAUCACUGCUCCAGAGCUCCCUCUAGAAAUUUCUGUCCAAAAAUAUAUGCUUCACAAGUACUGAUGCACAUGGUGUGUGCGAUAUUCGCUUGUUCGUUAUGAAAAACCGCAAUAAAUGCGCCACCGGUAAAGGCGAACUUAAUAAAAGACAUCUGGGGGAAGUCUGCUUAACCUGGUGUGUGCU